AUGAGCAAACCCCAUAGACCACCAUCAGGCCGUACAAAUCUUGCCUCAUGCAUAGUAGCUACAAUCUUCUUAAUCUUUGUUGUUAUCAUAAUCCUCAUUGUCUUCUUCACUGUUUUCAAGCCCAAAGACCCUAAAAUUUCUGUUAACUCCGUUCAACUCCCAUCCUUUUCCGUCUCUAACAACACUGUUAACUUCACUUUCUCUCAGUAUGUCUCCGUCAAGAAUCCAAAUAGAGCUGUUUUCUCUCAUUAUGACAGCACCCUUCAGCUUCUUUAUUCGGGUUCUCAAGUCGGGUUCAUGUUCAUACCUGCUGGUAAAAUUGAAGCCGGUCGGACCCAGUACAUGGCUGCUACCUUUGCUGUUGAGUCUUUCCCUUUAUCUGCUUCGCCAGAUGCAGCGGUUAAUGUGGGACCUGCGUUCAAUGACGGUGGGUUUGGCGGUGGUGGACAACCUGGUUUUAAUAAUGGGUUUCGGGUCGGACCUACUUUGGAGAUUGAGUCAAGAAUUCAAAUGGCGGGUCGGGUUCGGGUCUUGCAUAUUUUUACUCACCAUUUGGAGACUAAAGUUAGAUGCAGAGUUGCUAUUGCUGUGAGUGAUGGAUCUGUUUUAGGGUUUCAUUGCUAA